AUGAACAUAUCUCAGUCGACAGCUUCCAUUCACCAGAAUCCACAUCUUGAUCUUCAGCGCGACCAUGGCGAGCACAUCGACUUUGACAAGAUAUGUCCUGGCUGUAAACUCUCCGCAGUGACGGACGAUGGUGGUCUAGUCGUUGCCUUUGGGCAAUCGUUCUUUCACGUAGAUUGCUUCAAGUGUGCCAAGUGUGGAGAUAAAGUCACCGCAGAUACAAAUCUCCUGCUCCUUUCCGACGGUUCACCUGUAUGCGCCAACUGUUCAUACAACUGCAAUGUCUGCAAGCUGCCCAUCCUCGACGAGGCCAUUAUGACCGGUGACGACUCUUACCAUGCCCACUGUUUCAAGUGUAAAGUCUGCAAGAACCGUAUUGACGAGCUCGUUUUUGCCAAGACCAGCCAAGGCAUUUAUUGCAUGGAUUGCCACAGCGAACGGAUGAUCAAAAUCAGGAGACAUGCUCAGAAAAAAGCUGAGAGAGAAAGAGCUGCUGCAGCAGGCGGUAGCGGCUCGAGUUCUUCUCGUGAAGCUAGAUAUAGAAGGGACACUGGUCGCAUCUCCCCCAUUGUAACUCAUUCUCAUGAUGUGCCGGGUUCUUCAAAGUCUCAUCACAACCCACAUUUUGAUCAACCGUCACCUUCAAAUUCUCGUCAUCCAGUGUCUACAUCCACCCAAACUUCCGCUAAACGGCGGUCCGGGCCGUACAUCAGUGACGCUUUCCAGCCCAGCAGUCAGCGGUCCAAGUCGUCGGAGAAGACCUCUCCUUCAUAUUUGACCUCAGCAUUUCCCCUCCCUCCGCAGCAAUCAAUAUCUGUGACUAUAGCCCCGCCAGAGCCAGAUACCCAUUAUCAUUCUGACAUGUCUCAUCGUCGACCUCCUCUAGUACAUCAAUUAUCUACGUUGUCAGAGCAGAGCUUUGAGCAGGAAACACCUGCCUCUCACUCUGUGAACUUGUCGCCACAAGCAUCAUCUGAUGGACUGAGUGUACAGACCUCGCGACGUGACAAACGUCGAUCCAUCAAUCCGGGCCUUACUCUCAGCAAUUUGACGUCUCCUGUCAGUCCUGCUGCAUCCCCGCCACCUACACUCUCUCCUCUGUCUGCAACAUUCAAUCGUCAGUCCGGUAAUCGUUCUCCGACUCCUCCUGUCCACAGUGGCCGGGAAUCUCCUCGAAUACCAUCUCCGCUUCGAGAGGAUUUCAACGAGGCGGAGUCAAUAUCGCGGCCGUCGUCUAAUGGUUCAUUUCAAAGCACCACAAGUCACAUUCGUCCAGGAUCUUCUGCUUCACACUAUAAUCAUUCCGAAGAUGAGGGCAUCUCACCUCAAAUACGGGCAUCGUCUUCUGAAACUCCUUCGCCAGAUACGCGUCCAGGCGAAACAAGCACACCGAGAGCCAGGAAAAUUAGCUCACCAAAUCUUGAUCAUUCUCUUCGAAAGGCCGAUUGA